GUCAGAGCCGUGACGGUUUCGUGCUCGUGCGGCUGACGCAACGCUCUGGGAGACCGGCGGCUCGCGGGCUUCGUGCGACUCAAACAACGGGUUCGAACUGUGUUUUGACCCAAAAUGGCAGAGUCUUUGGCCCCGUUUCUUCUGACUGGGAUGCUGCUGUGUGGGCUGCUGCUCCACGCGGUGUCCCUACAUGGAGCCAGGGUCGAUAAUCCCAGCGAGAGGCCCAAUUUCAUCAUCAUAGUUGCAGAUGAUAUCGGCUGGGGUGACCUGGAUGCUAACCAGCCUGAAGCGAGGGCAAACAACACGCCUUACCUCAACCUGAUGGCAGAGCAAGGACUAAAAUUAACAGACUUCCAUUCCCCGGCCUCUACCUGCUCCCCAUCCCGUGCCGCCAUCCUGACAGGCCGCUACGGCCUAAGAAACGGAGUGACGCACAACUUCGCCGUGGGCUCUGUGGCCGGUCUUCCCCUCACUGAAGUCACGUUGCCCCAGCUGCUGCAGGGAGCGGGAUAUUACACCAGCAUGAUCGGGAAAUGGCAUCUUGGCCACAACGGACCAUACGGUCCAACUCACAGAGGUUUUGACUCCUACUUAGGUAUUCCAUACAGUAAUGACAUGGGCUGCACUGACAUACCAGGAUAUAACCUGCCCCAGUGCCCCCCCUGUGACACAUCUGGACCUCAAGUGCUCAGGUUGAAGAGAAGUGUGCAUGAAGGCUGUUAUUCCCAAGUGGGCCUUCCUCUGAUCGAAAACCGCAGUAUAGUGGAGCAGCCGCUCGAUCUAUGGACACUAACGGAGCGAUACAAAUCUGCUGCAACCAGGAUUAUACAAAAUGCAAGGGAGCGACGGCAGCCCUAUCUGCUAUACAUGGCUUUGGCUCACAUGCACGUUCCGCUGGCUCCUCCACUCCCUCCGGACACCACCACCACCGCUAACCACCCGAAUGACUGCACAGUGUACAGUGCCAGUCUGCGGGAGAUGGACAGCCUGGUGGGGGCAGUAAAGAGCACUUCUGAUGACACAGACAAGAACAACACGCUCAUCUGGUUCACUGGUGACAAUGGUCCUUGGGAACAGAAGUGCCAGUACGCAGGAAGUGUGGGACCUUUCAUAGGGAAGUGGCAGACCAGCAGAGGUGGGGGCUCGGCUAAGCGGACCACCUGGGAGGGAGGUCACAGGGUGCCGACAGUGGCCUAUUGGCCUGGAAAGAUCCCUGCAAACACCACCAGCUCUGCCCUGCUCAGUGGGAUGGACAUCUUCCCAACUCUUCUGUCUCUGGCAGGGGUAAAACCUCCCGCAGACAGACCUUACGAUGGCAUCGAUGCAACAAAUAUCCUCCUGCAAGGUGAACACAGAGGUCAUGAGUUUCUUUUCCACCCUAACAGUGGCGCUGCGGGGAGGUUUGGUGACCUGCAGACGGUUCGAUCAGGGAAACACAAAGCGUUCUACAUCACAGGUGCAGCUGAGGCAUGUGGGGGUGCAACAGGGAGCCAGCAGCUCCAUGACCCACCAUUGAUAUUUGACCUAGAGCGUGACAAGGCUGAGGAAACACCCCUGGACGCCGGGACACCUGAAUACCGGGCGGCAGCAGAGAGGAUCGCAUGUGGGAGGGAGGAGCUGUUGUGGGACAUAGCCACCGACGAGUCUGUUUCUGCAGCCGACUACAGCACUGACAAAUCAGCAGCACCCUGCUGUGACCCGGGUCGGGCUGUCUGCCGCUGCCACCCGCCUGGCCAAGGACGGGAACUCGCUCACAGAAAGAGAAGCACACAGAUGUGAGCCAACAACAUGUGGGGACAAAUAUCAGCUCUCGGGAUGAGCUCAGCUGUUUGUUUGUAGAAUGGGCUUUUUGGGAGGUUCAACGUGCAGAUGCCGGAGACGUGUAAACAAGCAGAGAGCGCAAAUAGAAGAACUCUGGCCUGUGAUUGGCCGGGUGGCGGAGAAAAGGUCCGGGUGAGGUAGCCCAUCCAUAAGGUCAAUCAUUUCAUCUAUCAAAACAUGAAACAGUUCAGACGUGCUAGUCAAUGGGUCAUAUUGUUGCAAUGUUAAUCAUUAGAAAGCCUCGCUGUUUGUUUAACAAUGGACUUUGCAGGCUACAAACACAUACAUUUGUUUUUUGGGGGUAUUUGAUGAGAUUUAAUAGGACAAUUUAAUAUCAUCACAACUUAAUAAAUGUUACUUUUAACAAAUCAUAA